CUCAUCACACACAAAGCUUCAGUCCCAGACAGACUCCGUCAAAAAUCACACAGCACCGACACGACAACAAUUCCACUCAAGGAUGAUUUCAAAGAUCAAGACCUGGAGCCGUUCGCCGCUGAUUCCGGCCAGAGAUCACGGGUCAGCGAUCCUUCCGCCGGCAGAUCGGCCGGAACCCAUUCCGGAGCUGUGCGAGGAAAGGCCGGUAAUGGGCUGGCUGCUCGGCUGGGAGUACGGGAGGAAGUGGCUGGAGAGGCGCGAGGAGAUCCAGAGGCACCGCAACAUGGUCAGCAAGUUCGGCAGGAUUCCGUCGGACUUCAGCUGGUGGCUCAACCAGCGUAGACCCCUCUUUGUGCGCCUUCAGCGAUUCCGGAGCAAGCCCGGACCUCGUCCACGGAAACAGAUCACGGCCUUCGAGAUGGCCAAGCGGAGGCGUGAGGAGCAGAACCGCAAGCUAUUGGAGAGCCAGCCCAAAAACCAGUAAAACACAUACUAUCCAACAUGCUUAUCAAAGAAAAACCAAAAUUGCCCAACCAAGCAAUUGUAAAUAUACCAAAAAGAAAUCGAAGUGCAACGAAUUUUGAUGCGCCAAUAAACACGGUUAGAAUGCUGAA